GGUUGCAUUGGCUGAAUAGGACUAAGUCAUGAUUGGCUGAGAUGUCCAUACUGUCUUCAUACCUCAAGCUUCCGCAUAUAAUUUCAAGUGUUAUGUUAGGAUAAGGGGCGUGCGACAUAAACUGGCAUCGUCGUCAAGACCUCCUGCAAAAUCAUUUUCAGUGUUUUGAAAUCCGCUUUUUAUUAAAGGGACUCCUACAUAACAGGCGGCAAGCAUGACGAUUAGAAACGUACGAGAUCACGGUCAACGUUAUCGACCACGGAUGGCUUGUCUAAAAAAGGUGGAGGCUCUAGUGCUGGAGAUGCAAGAUCCCAAAAGUGGGGUUAAGUCCCAGACUCAGAGGCUGGUGAUUACUACCAUCCCACACGCCAUCACUGGGGAAGACAUUGUGGCAUGGGUAGCCAACCGGUUCAACAUCGACGCGCGAGAGGCUCAGUCUAUAGCAACACUGAUGGUGGCAUUUGGCUACAUAUACCCCCUGCAGGACCACAAGAGACUCAUCAUUAAAGCUGACACCUCGCUUUAUCGCUUUCAGACGCCGUACUUUUGGCCUGCCCAGCAGUGGCCGGCAGAAGACACAGACUAUGCAAUCUACUUAGCAAAGAGAAACAUUCGCAAGAAAGGCGUACUGGAAUUAUAUGAGCAGGAACACUAUAACAACCUUCACAAAUGGAUGAACCAUAAGUGGGAUUUCAUUGUGAUGCAAGCAAAGGAGCAGUACAGGGCAGGGAAGGAGAGGAAGAAGCCAGACCGUGUGGUGUUCGACUGUCAGGAGAGGGCCUACUGGGUGGUACAUCGACCACCACCUGGCACCAUCAGCGCGAUGGACUAUGGCCUAGAACGUCUCACUGACCCCAAUGCUGAUGAGGUAAAGAAGAAAAAGACAAUGGACUACUACAGAAGAAUUGUUAUUUUCACUCAACAAUGCAUCAUGCGGUCAAGGGUCAAGUCAUCGGUGUCUCUCGGAGCGAUUGUAAAAUACAUCACAACAUGUAAAAACCAUGACCCCUUCCUGGCAAUGUGCCUCCCCAGUAACCCGUGGUUGACCGAUGACACCACAUACUGGGAACUCAACAUGCCCAACGUGGAGAUUCCCACGAAGAUGAGAGUAGAGCGCUGGACGUUUGGCUUCCGGGAGCUGCUCAGUGAUCCUCGGGGGCGGGCCGAUUUCCGCCUCUUUCUGAAGAAGGAGUUCAGCGGUGAAAACCUGGCAUUCUGGGAAACGUGUGAGGACCUGAAGUGGGGAGCCGCGGCGACAAUGAAGGACAAAGCCCAGCAGAUAUACAAAACUUUCCUGGCCCCCGGAGCGCCGCGCUGGAUCAACAUCGAUGGCAAGACCAUGGAUAUCACUGUGAAGGGGCUGGUCCACCCGCAUCGCUACGUGCUGGACGCUGCCCAGACCCACAUCUACAUGCUCAUGAAGAAGGACUCUUUCGGACGCUACAUGAAGUCUACGGUAUUCAAGGAAACACAGAAAAAGGCGAUUUCUCCUGAGGAACACAAAUUCAGCGACGCACAGCUGGAGCAGAAUGCCAAAAAGCGCAAGCCCAACCUCAGCCCCAUUGUGCUGCGGCAGCGGGAGGAAGAGGAGAAGGCGCGGCUGGCCGCCAGCGGGCCCAUGGACAUCACGCAGGUCAUGAGCAAGCUGGACAAACGCAACAUGCUGAAGGAGGGGCAGAAAAAGGCAGAGCCAUGACAGCAGAGAGGGGAUAGCAAGUGGAAGGCUGUGAAAAAUACUGUUUACUUUCUCAGGAUUUAUUUCACCUGCUCUUAUGGGCAUAUAUGAAAUAAACUACGAAACUUAUUUAUUAUAUCAAUUUCGGAAGUAAAAUUAUAAUAUAUUUUUGAUAUUCAUUAUUUAAACUAUAAUACUGCAUGUUAUGGGAUUAUUUUCUAAGCCUAAACUUGCUAUGACUCUAUCACGUUGUUUUAUGUUAACUGUGUGAAAUAACUAGGCUGUUUUCGUGCUUUUUUUUUCUUCUUAUACAGUACCGUAAAAUCAUUGUUCAUUACAUUAGGCGCUUCACCACCGCAGGAACCUUUUUCAGGAACCAGGAAUAUCUGUCGCGUUCCCACCACAGGAACUCGGCCGAUUGUAGUUCCUCGGAGGUGGUUCCUGAACCUCAGUCCCUACUCUGGAGUAGGUUGUUACCGCUUCGCCAAAAGUAUACUGGGUGCGGCUAAUAUAAACUUUGCUGAUUGGUUGACCGCUAACUUACGUGGAAGUGCGGGGAAAGUAAUAGAGCAAAACUUGAGCAGUGGAAUUAUUUCUGUACCUAAAAAAGAAUACUUUCCCCUUGUGUCACUAUCAUAUUUCUGCAUCGGAAAAUUCGAUCUAUAAGUGACAUACUUCUGUCUAAUGUCGUUGGUGUUAAGUUGAACCUACGUUCCUGUUGUGCGGAGGGAAAGCGCCAAUUAGCUUUUUUUUUACCGGCCCUGUGCUGCCAGAUAGGCUUACUCGUGCUGAAUGAAUUCUUGGUUGACAUGUGAUGGAGUUAUUUGAGGCGUAAAUAAGAUAGUGAGUUCAGAAGAGCAACAUUUAAUACAUUCAACUGACAUAUAUUUUUAACGCCCACACAUUAUUGUUUUACACAAAAGUAUCAACCUCUUACAAUUAAGCUCAACCCAAUGAACACAGUCAUCGUCAUAACUGACUCAUUCCACGUAAUCAGUAGUUUUUAUUUGUCAUUCAUUUCAGCUUUGCUGUGUCUUUCUCUGUCUCAUAGUGAUUCCUCAUUGGCAUGGAAUACAUAUCUGUGUAAUUUUCGGCUGAUCAUAUCAUGUUAUUUUCACUGGAUUUCAGCCAUCCUUGUCCUUUUGCUGAACUGUGUGUUGUAUAUGAAAAACUGAUAUCACCUCAUUGUCAUCACUGCUUCAUUGUGCUUUGUUGCUGGAUUAUUUUUGCUCACGGAUGUUUACAUAACGUUUAAUUAAAUAAAGUCCUCACAUUAAUCAU